AGUCAUCUCUCAUCCCUCAGGUCUCUAGGUCAAAAUGGUUGCCAAGGCUCUCUCCGUCGCCCUUCUCGCUGGUGCCGCUUCGGCCACUUGCCCUCUCUCUAUUGAGAUCAGCAACGCCGAGAACCACACCGUCAACGUCGCCGUUACCAACACCGGCAGCGAGGCCGUCUCCGUCUUCAAGGGCAACACCGUCUUCAGCGACCAUGCCACCCAGGAUCUCCUGGUGACCGAUGCCGAGGGCACUGCUCUUCCUUUCGAGGGCAUCUUCGUCAACUACAAGCGCACUGGCCUCGACGCCAAGCUCUUCCAGAAGAUCGCUGCCGGCGAGACCAUCACCGUCCCCGUCAACGCCGCCAAGAGCUACAAGCUCGACGGCAUUGCCGACGCCAAGGUCACUGCCAUCCAGGGCUUCCGCUACGCCGUUGGUGACAGCAUCCCCUCCGCCUUCAAGGACUUGGCUUCCUGCGCCGAUGUCACCUCCGGCGAGGUCGAGGUCACUGUUGACCAGACCACCGCUGCUGCGGACCACAUCUCUCGCAAGCGUGAGGAGCCCUUCAACUCCCGCAUCCAGAAGCGUGCUAUCACCUACUCGUCCUGCACCACCGCGCAGACGACCUCCCUGAAGACCUCCGUCACCGACGCCAUCUCCAUGGCCAAGGCCGCCUCCACCGCUGCAGGCACCUCGUCCUACUACUACACCACCUGGUUCAAGUCGACCUCGGUCGCCUCCAAGGUCCAGACCAUCUACAACGACGUCGCCGGCGUGCAGACCACCUCCCCCAAGAUCUCCUGCACCGACACCUACAGCGACUGCACCGACGGCAGCGCCCUCCUCUACACCGUCCCCUCGGACAACGUCAUCGUCCCCUGCCCCAACAACGGCUUCUGGGGCUUCCCCGAGCUCGCCUCCCAGUGCUCCGGAGACGACUACGACCGCGCCGGCAGCAUGCUGCACGAGAUGACCCAUCUCUACGGCACCACCGACUGGGCUUACGGCCCCACCGCCGCCCAGGCCCUGUCUGCCACCAAGGCUGCUGCCAACGCUGACACCUACGAGAUGUACGCUGAGAGCGUCCGCCUCGGUGGCUGCACCACCGGCUAAGCGUGUUCGUCGACAUGACGUACAUGCAUAGUUUGGUCUGGGCGCUGUUCCCUUUCGGGGAUGAGAGCCCUUCCUUCUUUCAAUGUCUAUAAUUCAGUUGGCGGUCCGGGUAGAGUGGGAACUACUGCGGGAUAUUUAUAUGCCUGGGGG